UAAUAAGUUAUCUAAUAAGGUAUAGGGCCCAAAUGUGUAGAGACCCAUGGGCUUGACCUAAUCAAUGAUGGGCUGAUUAGGGUUAAGCACUCUAUAAAUAAGGGGUUAUGGUCCCUAGUUGUACACGCCAUUCUAUCUUUCUGCAUCCCAUCGCUAGAGAGAUAAUCCCGAGGGUGUGUAUCAACUAGAAGACGCAAACCCUAGCCUCCGUCUCCCGGAUCUCUAAAGGUCAUCUCCCAUGGAGUCAGUCAACAAUUCUGCUGCUACAAUAUCUGCUAAUAUUAAUAGCAUCCCAGUGCUUAACGGAACGAAUUUUAAGGAAUGGAAAGAGAAUGUUAUGAUCGUUCUCGGUUGCAUGGAUCUAGACCUUGCACUUCGGACUGAGAAACCCGCCGCUCUUAAGGACACAUCUACCCUCGAUGAAAAGAGAGAGAUGGAGAGGUGGGAACGCUCAAAUCGCAUGAGUCUAAUGAUCAUGAAACGUGCAAUUCCAGAAUCAUUCAGGGGCACAAUGUCUGAUGAGGCUGAUGCCAAAUCGUUCCUUGCCGAACUUGAAAAGCGUUUUGCUAAAAACGAAAAGGCAGAAACUAGUACUCUUUUGAGCACUCUUGUUUCCAUGAAGUAUAAAGGCAAAGGGAACAUAAGGGAGUACAUUUUGGAAAUGUCUCACAUUGCUUCAAAACUAAGUGCACUGAAGCUUAUUUUACCUGAGGAAUUGCUUGUGUAUUUAGUUUUGAUCUCUCUUCCUUCUCAAUUUAAUCAAUUUAAAGUCAGUUACAACUGCAUUAAGGAGAAAUGGUAUCUCAAUGAGCUCAUUUCUCAUUGUGUUCAAGAGGAAGAGAGAAUAAAGCAAGAUAAGACAGAAAGUGCUCAUUUGGCAUCUACCUCUAAGGGCAGCAAUAAAAGAAAAAUUAAGGAAGCUGCAAAUUCGGGGCCUCCCAGGAAGCAUCACAAGGAAACUAAGGAAGAAACUAAGGAAUCUGGAUGCUUCUUUUGCAAAGGGACUAAUCACAAGAAAAAGAACUGCACUAAGUACCAUGCUUGGCGUGCGAAAAAGGGGUUGCCUGAGCUGUCGAAAACCAAUUGAUGGUGAAAGAUACAUCUAUGUCGGUGAUGGCAAGCGGGUUGAAGUUGAGGCUAUCGGUGUUUUUAGAUUAUUAUUAAAGACUGGUUUUUAUUUGGAUUUGAAAGAGACAUUUGUUGUGCCGUCAUUUAGGCGGAAUUUAAUUUCUAUUUCUGCAUUGGACAAAUUUGGUUAUUCUUGUUCAUUUGGAAAUAGUCAGUUCAGUCUAUUUCAAG